AUGGGCACCGGGGCUGGGCGGGGGGCGGCGACCGCGCCGCUGCUGCUGGCGGUGGCCGCGCUGCUGCUGGGUGCCACGGGCCACCUGUACCCCGGAGAGGUGUGCCCUGGCAUGGAUAUCCGGAACAACCUCACGCGGUUGCAUGAGCUGGCCAACUGCUCGGUCAUUGAAGGACAUCUGCAGAUACUGCUGAUGUUCAAAACGAGGCCCGAGGAUUUCCGAGACCUCAGCUUCCCCAAACUCAUCAUGAUCACUGAUUACUUGCUGCUCUUCCGGGUCUAUGGGCUGGAGAGCCUGAAGGACCUGUUCCCCAACCUCACGGUCAUCCGGGGCUCACGUCUCUUCUUCAACUAUGCACUGGUCAUCUUCGAGAUGGUGCACCUGAAGGAGCUUGGCCUCUACAGCUUGAUGAACAUUACCCGGGGCUCCGUCCGCAUUGAGAAGAACAAUGAGCUCUGCUACCUGGCCACCAUCGACUGGUCGCGCAUCCUGGAUUCCGUGGAGGAUAAUUACAUUGUGCUGAACAAAGAUGACAACGAGGAGUGUGGGGACAUUUGUCCAGGCACCGCAAAGGGAAAGACCAACUGCCCUGCCACUGUCAUCAACGGGCAGUUUGUCGAGCGGUGUUGGACUCACAGCCACUGUCAGAAAGUUUGUCCCACCAUCUGCAAGUCACACGGCUGCACCGCCGAGGGUCUCUGCUGCCACGGCCAGUGUUUGGGCAAUUGCUCCGAGCCCGACGACCCCACCAAGUGCGUGGCCUGUCGCAACUUCUACCUGGAUGGCAGGUGCGUGGAGACCUGCCCGCCCCCAUACUACCACUUCCAAGACUGGCGCUGUGUGAACUUCAGCUUCUGCCAGGACCUGCACAACAGAUGCAAGAACUCCCGGAGACAGGGCUGCCACCAAUACGUCAUUCACAACAGCAAGUGCAUCCCCGAGUGCCCCUCUGGCUACACGAUGAAUUCCAGCAAGGAAUCCCAAGGGCCUUUGAAGCUCUGUGCCGGGACCUGGGACUGCCAUCACCGAGGUCAUUCUGAAGAAUUGGAUAUGCCAAGGGUGUGUAACCAGCCCCGCCAGUCCCUGCCCCCUGCUCACGGUGCACCUGUUUUCCCUUUCUCCUUUGCAGACCCUUCCGUCCCCCUGGAUCCAAUCUCCGUUUCUAACUCCUCGUCCCAGAUUAUUCUGAAGUGGAAGCCUCCCUCUGAUCCCAAUGGCAACAUCACACACUACCUGGUUUUCUGGGAGAGGCAGGUAGAAGACAGUGAGCUGUAUGAGCUGGAUUACUGCCUCAAAGGGUUGAAGCUGCCCUCCCGGACCUGGUCUCCGCCGUUCGAGGCCGAGGGCUCCCAGAAGCACAACCAGAGUGAAUACGAGGAGUCUGCCGGCGAAUGUUGCUCCUGCCCCAAGACGGACUCUCAGAUCCUCAAGGAGCUGGAGGAGUCCUCUUUUAGGAAGACCUUUGAGGAUUACCUGCACAAUGUGGUGUUCGUCCCCAGAAAAUCCUCUUCAAGCCCUGGUGCUGAGGACACUAGGCCAUCGCGGAAACGCCGGGCCCUCAGGGACGUUGCCAACGUGACGGCGGCCGCGCCCACGGUUCCGGGUUUCCCCAACACCUCGACCAGCGCGCCCACGAGCCCGGAGGAGCACAAGCCCUUCGAGAAAGUGGUGAACAAAGAAUCCCUGGUCAUCUCUGGGCUGCGCCACUUCACUGGCUAUCGCAUCGAGCUGCAGGCUUGCAACCAAGACUCCCCCGAGGAGAGGUGCAGCGUGGCAGCUUACGUGAGCGCCAGGACCAUGCCCGAAGCCAAGGCAGAUGACAUUGUUGGCCCCGUGACCCACGAAAUCUUCGAGAACAAUGUCGUUCACCUGAUGUGGCAGGAGCCAAAGGAACCCAACGGUCUGAUCGUGCUGUAUGAAGUGAGUUACCGGCGCUAUGGUGAUGAGGAGCUGCACCUCUGUGUCUCCCGCAGACAUUUUGCUCUGGAGCGGGGCUGCAGGCUGCGUGGGCUGCCGCCGGGGAAUUACAGCGUGCGAGUCCGGGCCACCUCCCUGGCGGGCAACGGCUCGUGGACAGAAGCCACCUAUUUCUACGUGACAGACUAUUUAGAUGUCCCGUCGAAUAUUGCAAAAAUCAUCAUCGGCCCCCUCAUCUUUGUCUUUCUCUUCAGUGUUGUGAUUGGAAGUAUCUACCUGUUCCUGAGAAAGAGGCAGCCGGAUGGGCCACUGGGACCGCUGUACGCGUCUUCAAACCCCGAGUACCUCAGUGCCAGUGACGUCUUCCCAUGUUCUGUGUAUGUGCCGGACGAGUGGGAGGUGCCUCGGGAGAAGAUCACGCUCCUGCGUGAGCUGGGGCAGGGCUCCUUCGGCAUGGUGUACGAAGGCAACGCGAGGGACAUUGUCAAGGGCGAGGCGGAGACCCGCGUGGCGGUGAAGACGGUCAACGAGUCGGCCAGUUUGCGGGAGAGGAUCGAGUUUCUCAACGAGGCCUCAGUCAUGAAGGGCUUCACCUGUCAUCACGUGGUCCGCCUCCUGGGGGUGGUGUCCAAAGGCCAGCCAACGCUGGUGGUGAUGGAGCUGAUGGCUCACGGCGACCUGAAGAGCUACCUCCGCUCCCUGCGGCCGGAGGCUGAGAAUAACCCUGGCCGCCCUCCCCCUACCCUGCAAGAGAUGAUUCAGAUGGCGGCGGAGAUUGCCGACGGGAUGGCCUACCUGAAUGCCAAGAAGUUUGUGCACCGAGAUCUCGCAGCCCGAAACUGCAUGGUCGCCCACGAUUUCACUGUCAAAAUUGGAGAUUUUGGGAUGACCAGAGACAUCUAUGAAACGGAUUACUACCGGAAAGGAGGCAAGGGUCUGCUCCCCGUGCGGUGGAUGGCACCGGAAUCCCUGAAGGACGGGGUCUUUACCACUUCUUCUGACAUGUGGUCCUUCGGCGUGGUCCUUUGGGAAAUCACCAGCUUGGCAGAACAGCCUUACCAAGGCCUGUCUAAUGAACAGGUGUUGAAAUUUGUCAUGGAUGGAGGGUAUCUGGAUCAACCCGACAAUUGUCCAGAGAGAGUCACUGACCUGAUGCGAAUGUGCUGGCAGUUCAAUCCUAAGAUGCGGCCCACCUUCCUGGAGAUCGUCGACCUGCUCAAGGACGACCUGCACCCCAGCUUUCCAGAAGUUUCCUUCUUCCACAGCGAGGAGAACAAGGCGCCUGAGAGUGAGGAGCUGGAGAUGGAGUUCGAGGACAUGGAGAGUGUCCCCCUGGAUCGGGCCUCACACUCUCAGAGGGAGGAGGCCGGGGGCCGGGAUGGAGGGUCCUCACUGGGCCUAAAGCGGAACUACGAGGAGCAUAUCCCCUACACCCACAUGAACGGGGGCAAGAAAAACGGACGGAUCCUGACUCUGCCGAGGUCGAAUCCUUCCUAACAGCGCCUGUUUUGGGGAGUGGUUCCCAUCUUCGCUUUCCUCUGGUUUGAAGGCCUCCAGAAAACUCAGGAUUCUCCUAUGAAUCUGCCCCAGUGUCAGACGGAGCUCAGAGAUCAUUACUAUCCAUUGAUGUUCAUCUAUGGCUUAAAAACACAUGUGUCUGACUGCCAAUUUGACGAGCUGUCAGAGAACUGAACUGUGACCCUAGAGGAGAAGGGGUUUCCUCAGCUGCUGUCCUUGUAGGCAACUGCGGUUUUAAGCCAGGAUGUUACUAUUUUUUUUCUAGUAGAUUGAGAGCAAGCACCUGUUUUUACAAAUCUUCUUCUUCUUUUUUUCUUCCUGGUGUCUGAGCUACAGUAUAAAGCAUAAAACUUGUCUGUGGAACAAAAGUUUGAAAGAAAGAAAAACAAAACAAAACAAAAACCCAACCCUGUUCCAGUAGAAUUUCAGGCUUUCUGGAGUGGGCUUCAGGAAGGUUUUUUUUUCUCAUCCAGGCUGAAGGAUUUUUUUUUUUUUCUUCACAAAAUCAGUUCCUCAAAUUGACCAAUAGCUGCUGCUUUUAUACUUUUGAUAAGGAUCUGCAGUCCCAGUGUGUGGCUCACGAGUCUCCGCGUGUGUGUGUGUGUCUAUAUGUCCAGGCUAGACAGGGCUGGUCAGUGUGUGUGUGUGCAAAGCGUUCAUGCUGAGUUGACGCUUUGAGGGUCGGCUCAUGAAGGUUCUGCUCUUCUUGAGCUCCUGAUCCUCCCAUCUCCUUCCUUCUUAUUUACUGGGAGACUGUGCCCUCCACAGAUUGUUCUGCCCCAAGCCUAGUCUCAGGAGUCUUUUCUCCCUUAACUUUGGUGAAAAAUGUUUCCCAGGAGCCAAGGGAGUAGUUUGGAGUGAUAGUGGAUCUUUUCAAGACCAAACAAAGCUAGGACAAAAAAAAAGACAAAAAGAAAAAAAAAAAAAAAAAAGAACUGAGAUGAUUAAGAGUUUUGAGAAUAUAUUUGUAACAUAUUUAAUUUUUUAAAACUCUCCAACGUCAGCCUCAUAAGUUAUUAACUGUUUCCCGGGGUUGGGGGAGGGCUUGUGGGUUGGUCUGCCUGUGUGCAGAGGGGGAGCGAGGCACCAGUUGCUGAUUUGUUUGGUCUUAAAGGCAUCCACUUUUCUGGGAAUAAAGCCACAUUAGCUGCUGACCCUUUUGGACGUGAUGAGGCCACGCUGAGGGUGUGGGCGAUUGGGUUUGGUGGAUGGUUUGGUUUCUGCUUGGGGAAGCUGAUAGCCACCUGGAGCUGAGUCCCACCUUCAGACACACUUGUGGCUCUUGGAUCUGUUGGUUCCUUGUGUGUACCUCACAUGCUUCCUCAACUGGGUGUGCACAUACCACAACAAAAUCAGACCCCAAAGGGUGACAGCCCAGAUGGACUUUGAGAACACUAAGCAAUAUGAAGCUAGAUGCACCUGUCGGUCCCUUCCACCCUCAGGGCAUCCAACUGUCCUCAGAGUUGACCUCCCAGAAGCUGCUCUGUGCCCAGUGACCUCAGCUGGGCCAGAUGUGGGGCCUGAGCAGAACUCUCAGGUGCUUAUGAUGUUGCAGUCCCCAAGAAAGUAGAGUCUGGAGGAGAAACUGCUAAGGACCUUCACGCCACCAAGAACUUCUGAAUGGGCAUGAAUCCAGUUUCUUCCCUUUGGGGAAAGAAUCACAGCUGCUCAAAUAAAGAACAUGGUGAACUCAUUACUUCAGUUCAUCAGAAUCAUCACCCACGGGUUAUCCCUGAGAGCAUUUCCUCAUGAGUUUUUGAUUGCUUCCUUCUCCUCUUAAAAGUUGUGGGCUUAAGAACAGGAUAGAGACAAUGGUGACCUCUGAACCUUCUCAAUUCUUGGUUAAGAACACAGGUAGACACAAAUCCCAAUUGCCUAUUACUAUCUUAUUUAUAUGAUUUGAGAAAUUACAGCACAUGAAAUAUUUCUGGGGAGCCUCAAUGAUUGGGUACAAGGAACAAGCGUACAGAAAUUAUUUUCGCCACAUUUAUUUUGUACAUAUAAGAGGGUCUGUACGUAAAUUAAGAACACAUAGAUCUAGGUAUUUUGUUCUUUUCGUAGUAAAUUUGUAGUGGCCAUAUACGACACUAGCAACAAUUUUCACAUUUUUCUAAUUCAGAAAGGUUUUCUUAUAUUAGGGGAAAAUUAUUUAUUUUAAUAUAUAAAAAUCACUGUAAAAAUCACUUUCGUAAAAAAUGGAGUGCAUGUAAAUUUUUAUCAAAGAAAAAUAAACAGGUGAAUGUGGGGUAAUGAUUUUUUUUUUCCAGCACAGUCUACCUCAGUGUAUCAUUAGGAUGUGGUUCAAUAAUGGACAUCGUUGAGACUUCAGAAUUCUGCCUGGAUCCAAUCUGAAUCAGGGAAAAUCUGUAUCAGCUGAUUCCAAAUGCCAGGGACCAGUAAGAAUUUUGAGGGAGGGAGUUGGGAUAAAGUGUGGCUUUCGUGUGAGCAUAGAUCCUUUUUCUGGCUGAUAAUCUUCUCUGAAUUCAAUCCCCCUCCACUUUGUUUUGAUCCUCCAUCCAUUGUCACCGUGCUCCCAGACAGGAACUAAAUUUCAGGCCAUCAUGAUGUAUCUGAUGUGUGGAGUGCCCAGGCCUGAGCUGCCUUCCUUUGGUGGGGAGAGGCUACUCCAUCUCUUGCUGGUGCAAAGAGAGGCUUUAGUGCAGAGCCAGCAUCCCCACUGUCCCACUGCAUCCCCCUGAAGUAAGCAUCGAGGUGCCUUGGCUCUCCAUGGCUUGUUCCUACUCCUUUUAAGCCCGGAUGCUUUUGGGGAGUGAAACAAAUUGCACUUGUGGGCACCUCACAUGCAAACACCCGAUGUAGCAUUUCUAUUCUCUUAAGUGGAAAGGGGGAAUGUUGAAAAAUUCCAAUCCAAGAUGCACCAGCAUGCUGAGUGUAUUUUUUAGCAACAAAACCUUGGACCCCUGUGUUUGGUUGACCUCAGACCGAUACUGUUUGAACUUAUGGGGCUUUGAGAACCCAUUUGUAAGUCUGGGAGGGGCCAGCAGGGCUGUUGUCCUACUCGCCAAACCUCACCGCCCUUAUACUUUUAGACACUGCCCCUGCGGGCUCACCCUUCUGUGCUUACCCUGAAGAGGUACAGUGGAGUGCUGGGCCCACCUGCACAAAUGGGAUUUCACCUAUUAACUUCAGUUGUCUCUGCUACUGUGGUAAGAAGAGCAAGCAGCCAUUGGGUCACAAGCCUUUUUCAUCACACAAAGUUGACUCUAACAACUUUGGUCCUAGAAAGUCAUGGUUGCCCUCAGGAGGGGGUUUAUAGUGAUGAGCUAUACUGGGGGGCUUGUAGUGAUGGGCUAUAAAAAAAGCAACAAAGCCAGCUUAGGUUGACACUUUUUGUUGUUUGCUUUUAAAGAUGUCUCAUUAUUAUUAAAACCCUUUUCAUUAAUGUGGCCUAAUCCACAUAGUAGUUUCUUCUUCCGGGAGGAGAAUAGCAAGCACAUUACUUUCUCCCAGGACCAGUGAUGUCAAACACACUUCUGGAAAUGUCUGUAUUCUGGGAGCUAUCCUUGGUGCUUUCCUGUUAUUUCAAGCUAGUAGGGAGAGAUGUUGCUGGUUCUCUUGGAGAGAUGUUGAGCACAACGGAGAAAGUGUGGGAAUUGAUGCAAGGGUCUGCACAUACAAUCCUGUGACCGUUGGAGACUGCUGCCAAUUGAUGAACAAAUCUUCCAAAAUCCCACCAGAGCAGACAGUCUGCCAUAAAAUGUGCUUGUUGGGUUGGGAGGUGUUCAUUUGUAGCUGUCAAAACAGUGGGCAGUGGGCAGCAUUGCCAUCAGAGCAUGGCCCAUGCUAGUCAUCUGGGUAGGUGAUGGAUGUGUUGUAGUCCCAGGGACAAUCAUUUUUCUACUUCAUGGUGAGUGGAAGUUUGGUGUUAAAUGUCUUUUGGAUACCACUUGGUGAGUCCUUGACACCUCAGGCUCUUCAGAAAUUAUGGUUUUGUUGGGGGUAGGGAACAGGGAAAUGCUGAUUGUAUAUAAAUGGUGCACAUAGAAUGGUGUCCCUUCAGAAAGCCUUCCAGAAUGUUCUUUAGAAUAUUGAUUUCAGUGGAAAGAACAAAUGCUGAUUUAUUCGUGUGUUUGAAAGAAUGUGAUAGACUUUCAGGGGGUACAACUGAAGGUGAAUGUUUCCUUGAGGGAUCCCCCAGAAGCAGAGGGAGACAUUGACUUUUUGAGCUCAUGGUCAUCUAUACCAGUCAGGGCCAGAACCAACCUCUAGCCAAAUUCUUAUUUGGAUAUGGGCCCUAAAAGUCCUUGUUAAAAACCAGAUCACGAAUCUGAGGCUCUUGGUCCCCUUGGGAAGGAAGGAACAACUUCCAAGAUGAGUGUGUGUCUAUGCACACAUUCAGGAAUGACUUGUUUAGUCUUUCUACUUUGUGUGCCUGGGGGCGGUCUCGGCCCUGCCUGUCAGCAGCAGAAACUUCCCAUCUGUUUUCAGCAGGCACAGGAUCAAAUGGACCUCGGCUUAUGUAGAAAACAACUCAGAAACACAAAACCCACCAAAAGCUCAAUUAUUUUUUCAAUGUUUUCCUACAAGAGCCAAGUAGCGCCAUGUACAGAAUAUGCUUUUUUUUUUUUUUUUGGAAUAUUGAAAUUGCUCUGCAUGUAAAAUAUGGGAUAAUUACCUGUUUAUAUGAAAAUUCUGAAUAAAUUAUCUGAGAAUAGUC